CAGUUAGUUCGAAGCGCUCACCAAAUGCGCUCAGCUUAAGAACCGAUAGGUGCUAGUACUCACGCGCGUCCACACACAUCCCGUGCAUCGGCGGUCGUAGUGCGCGGAACCAGCGUCAUCAGUGCACCAGCCGUCGUGGGCAUCAUACCUAGUAGCAUCCUCAACCUCCGAAGUGCUCUGGACAGACUCCCAACUACCUGGAACAUCAACUACAACCAAACCUGGACUAUCCAAUUCGUGUGUGCAGUGUGUUUCUUUCCUUGUGUUUUCCUUGCGAAGAGCAACCAACGAUGCUACUACCAUCCGAGUGCGCUCAUCUGAAGAAUAGUAUGGAAAUGACGGAAGAGUAUUAGGCGUUUAUAGAGUGGUACGGAAAAUACAACUAGAGAGUCAUGUUGAACGCAUGGAGAAGAAGCGCCCGGAGCCACGAAGUACUGAUGUACUUAAUAAUCAUCAUCGCAGUGGUGACUUCCUGCCAUGCCUGGUCGCCGGAUAACUCCCAGAAAGUGAUUAACGAAAUCAGCAAAUUGCGAACAAUCAAAUUCGCUGGAAACGCUACCUAUCCGGACCAUUUCAUUAUCCUGAAUCAAGAUGCGCAUUCUAUCUUGUUGGGUGGACGUAACCAUAUCUAUAACCUGAGCGUUUACGAUUUCUCCGAGAUUAAGGACUCUAGGAUCGAAUGGCAGUCAUCUGAGGCGAUUUCAGAGAUGUGCAGUGUAAAGGGCAAGUCUGAGGACGACUGCCAGAACUACAUUCGCAUUUACGUGGAGACAGAGCCAGGUCAACAUUUGAUAUGUGGUACCAAUUCUUAUAAGCCUUGCUGCAGACACUACGCGCAUGUUAACGGCAAAUACACUGUUGUGAAAGAAGUCGAAGGCAUCGGCGUUUGUCCUUACAAUCCUGAACACAAUAGCACCGCCGUUUACAGCAAGGGCCAAAUGUACUCCGCAACGGUGGCAGAUUUCUCUGGUGGCGAUCCCUUGAUCUACAGACAGCCGCAGCGCACCGAAUACUCUGAUCUCAAGCAGCUUAAUGCUCCAAACUUCGUUAGCUCUGUGCCUUACGGUGAUUUCAUAUUCUUCUUCUUUAGAGAAACGGCUGUCGAAUAUAUCAAUUGUGGAAAAGUCAUAUAUUCGCGGGUCGCUAGGGUAUGCAAGGACGACAAAGGUGGUCCGCAUCAAUUCAGGAACGGAUGGACGACUUUCCUUAAAACCCGACUGAAUUGCUCUGUGCCUGGGGAAUAUCCGUUUUACUUCGAUGAAAUACAAUCCACUAGUGAAAUAAUCGAAGGGAAAUAUGGAACUGAUCUGAGUUCUCAUAUUAUUUAUGGAAUACUCACUACUCCAAGUAAUGCCAUCGGGGGCUCUGCGAUUUGCGCGUACAACAUGAACGAUGUAUUGGAAUCCUUUGAGGGUAGCUUCAAACAUCAAGAUAGUAUCAACGCAAAUUGGCUACCAGUUUCGAAAGAUAAAGUACCUGAGCCUCGGCCUGGUCAGUGUGUACGCGACAGCAGAUUGCUCCAGGAAAAUCACGUGAACUUCAUAAAAACGCAUCCUCUGAUGGAAAAUGCGGUCCCAGCGAUGUUCGGAAAACCUCUCCUAAUUCGCGUCAAUUUCCACUAUAGAUUAACCGCCGUUGUUGUUGAUUCGCAAGUAAAAACUGUUAACGAUGAAGUGUUUGAUGUCCUCUACGUAGGAACAGACAAUGGAAGAGUAUUGAAGGUCGUAAACAUCCCCACCGUUAAUGAGACCGCAAAAACUGUAGUAAUCUCCGAGAACGUAAUACUUCCUAAUGGUGCAGCAGUUAAACAGUUGAAGAUUGCUCCAGGAUUCGGUAGUGUGGUUGUAGUAGGUCGUGACGAAGUCAGAUUGGCCAAACUGAAUCACUGCUCAGCUCAGCGAAACUGCAGAGAGUGUGUCCACCUUCAAGAUCCGCAUUGCGCCUGGAAUACUAGAUUGGAAACUUGCAUCAGCUUAGACGAAGUCAGACACAACACUAAACGCGAUCUCAUCCAAGAUAUACUCAGAGGAGACGAAUCCAAGUGCAGGUCUCCGCAAGAUACCAGAAAGAUGUCGCCAAAGAUAAUUGUGCCGAAUGACAUUGACAAUGAUAUUUGUAGGUUACAUAUUUUCCCGGCGAUUUCAUCCCCCAUCUCAAUAUCCAGACACACCAUUUAUAGAGCAACGCAACCAUUUGGAAGGGCUAAGCGGAACGCAAAGUAAUUUUUUAUCUAGACCUAAGACCAUUAACCAUGUCAUAAAUUCUUUGCCGCCGCCCCCAAAGAAAGAUAACCUAGAUGCCAGCAAAGAUCAUAAUAUUGCCAAUGACGGCACCCUACAGAAAAUCAAGAAGACUUAUAUUUAAUUUUCAAAAGUAGGCUCGAGUGUACCUGUUUUUUGAUGAGGACUGUACCAAAUAGUUAUAUACCGAUGUGCAUUAAAAGCGUACACAGGGUGGAUUAUUUCAGUUUAUUUCAAAUGCAAAACGAGAUGAAAUUCUCGAGGAAAACAGAAAACAGUAUCUAAAAAGAAGUCAUUCUAAAUGUCGUAUAUUAAUAUAUAUAUAUCUCAAUAUAUUAUAUGUGUGUUAUCAUCAAUAGAAAACUCAGAGAAAGAAAAUAUUAUAUAAGGAAAAUCAUGAUCAUGUAUUUUUCUUCAAUUAACUUCACCGUAGAAUUUCGUUCAAAGAUUAUGUUCGAUAUGAAAGAUGGCUUGCGUAUGAGGAUUGCUCUCUAAUCUAUAUCUAUCUCUCCCCUAUCUUUCAGACACUCAUUCAAUGAUUAAUUUAGGAUUUUUUUUAAUUUCUAGCUCAAUUGGAGAUGACAUAAAGUUAUAUUUAUGUUGGACUCUCAUUAAUUCUAUUUUUUUAAUUACAUAUACUUGUGAUAAGAAAAGGAUACAUGUAUACUCAUUUUGGGUGAGUAAUACUUGAGGGAUGUCUCUUCAAGGCAACCAAAGAAACAAA